AGACCCAGAAAUACGAGCGCGCUAUGAACACGUUCCAGUCCGUCGCCGAGACCAUGGCCCGGUUGAGCGACGAGGACUACGAGGCGCAGCUCGGUCAGCUCCAGCGGCUCUACACGCCCGCCACGGAGCAGGAUCAAACGGUCUGAGUGUGUUAAGCCAAAGCUGACACCAAAGGGCGGACAGGGUGGCUAUAUACCAGUACUCAAAGAGAAGAGGAGCUGCCGGGGGGGGCCUCGAAUUCGCCCUCGUCGUGUAGCAACGUUCAUGUCCAGCAUAUCAUACACGUUGGAUGCAUUGUGGUUCAUUUUUACUGCGUCGUUCCAACAACAUUAAUUGACUUCAUACUACGAGUACGUUUGAUACUACUUCUAGUAAUUAUUUUGUACGUAGUGUGUCCUACUACUACUGUAGUACCACUUAGUAAUAUCCAAUAUCUGUUUGACAAUACGAGUAUAUCAGCACCCCUGUAAAGCCGGGCGACCCGAAACCCUUUUAUAAAAUGCCCCCCCCCCCCCCUCCCAAUACGCGAGCACUAGCAUGCAGCUUAGAGUCAGACAUGUACAUUGCUGUCAAAGACCGGAGGUCCCAACACACAACAACCAGCAAAUUGCUAUUUUAAACUAAUUUCGCAACACUUGUUGCUCGUCGGUAGCGGCUCGUCCUGAUGUUCUAUUUCUUUCUACGCCACUCCAACAGCAAGUUCCCGUCAAGGUGUUUCGCGCCGCACAUCUUGACAAAGAUUCACCAUACCGCUAUACGGCUCUGCAAAUUAAUAUAUGUACGCACCAAAGUAGUAUAUCGAGUGAGACGUCGCAGAAGACCUGCCGUCCGCUGGGUUUUUUUUUAUAGCGCGUGCCCUAGCUGACAUUUGAAAGUUAUUAACAAAAUGAUAAACGUUUACGGGCUUUUGCGAGGGAUCACGUACAAAUACUGCAAGUCGUCGACUCGUGAGCCCCUCAUUUGCACUGCCAAUUUCGCUUCGCUCAUGGCGGGCAAGGCAUAAUCGAUAGUAACUACACCGCAGAGCAACUACUGUAACCCAUGCACCGAUUGCAGACCUUCGCUUCGCUCUGGUUGCACACGGGCUUUUGAGCCUUUUCCAAUGCCAGCAUCUCGUCGCACCUUUGAUCACCCAACCUGAUGAAUACACAAUCCAAAUAAUAGUCGACGAAAAAUUUAACUACAGUAGAUAGCAAACGUAACCUAACAGGCCCAGAGCUGUAGGUGCGGCGAAGCUAGCAGUCUCUUCGUCUUCAAUAUCUCAACGUUUAGAGUGCCGCGCGCCGGGAAGCCACAGCAACGCAAUAUGCUUCUGUUUAUCAUUUCAAUCGUUUGAUGACUGUGCGCACACAAAAUACUGACAGUAACGAUACUUUUCCCUCUUCGCAACGAAGACGAACAAUGCAGAGUGCAACAUAUUGAACAUGAAUAGGGAUGUAGAUUCCGUGUUAUAUAAAGCUAAACCAGAUAAUUUCUGUAUUAGUUUAUGGAACCUGUUUACCCAGCGCUUACAGGAAACACGCGCUGUAAACUUGUAUCAAGCAAUUGAUGGAAAUUACUAAGCACUGCUCAAUAGUCCAUGCCAAUGGCGUUUAAUGUGUUCAGGGAAACGAGCAGCAUAAUGGAUGCAAAGGCGCGCGAUCUAUUGCAACUUCAUUCGCUUCUUUUCACUCGAGCUAACUCCUGGCUGACACGGGGCUGGGUAGCCUGUAGUGUUCAGUCGCAGCCAUUUCACGUGUUCAAUAAAUUCAACUCCUGUAUUGUAAAUACCCGGCAAAAAACCUCUGCCAAGUAGGCACGAUUCACGAACGCACCCAUGAUUCGGCUGAGAAUUAAUGGGCUGGACAGCGUGAAUACUGCCUUGAAAGUGCAAACACGAGCAUGUCUUCUCUCCCUGGACGACGAUGUACUGAACCGAAGCAUCAUCGGGCAACCUUUGUUUUGGUCACGCCUACAGAGCACUCUUGAGCGCUUUCGCGCCGAAUCCGCCUACCACGCUGACCCCAAGUAUUGCAGUGGGGGGAUCUUGCUUGCCUGUAAACGCCGUGCCAACUGAACCCCCGUCUUGGAUUCGGUAGUCAAACUAGGUCCUCUAUCGCUCCUUCCGUCUCGGACACCGGCGCUCUGACGCGCGAUCCGUGACCUUCCGAAAGUUUCGAGACCGUGGCGGUUCAGCAAGCUCUUCUGAAACUUUGAUCUGCUUCUUGUAAAAAGACAUGAUUAUAAGAAGAGCCUUCACCCCGAUUAGUAGGAGUAUGUAUCUCUAUGUUAUACCACAUAGUACUGUUACUGAUGUACUAGUAAAGUAAGAUCAUAUAAAUGUCAUAUUUUGAUUCCAUGCUGUAGUAGAACAUACUACUACUGUAGUACUUUUAUAGGUGACGCCCGGGGGGGAAGAACAACAACACCACCAUCUGCGUUGAAUCGCAGUUUCGUAGUCUUCACCGCUGAGCGUCAGCCGAGCAGCGAGCGAUGGCGAGCAGCGGCGUGGACGUGGCGCUCGCGCCCAACUCGAGCGUGAUCCUGGAGCCGGCGGACUCGCUGUCCUUCCACCUGCAGCCGCAGACGGCGCCCCAGGCCGUGCUGACGAUCCGCAACGUGGCGGACGACCGGCAGAUCGCCUUCAAGGUCAAGACCACGCGGCCACUGCGCUACCUGGUGCGGCCGAACCAGGGCCUGCUGGGGCCCAACGGCUCGGCCUCCAUCAUGGUGAUCCUGCAGCAGAAGGACUGCGACGAGCUGCUGCGCCUGGACCCGGCGGAGCGCCAGCUGGCCAACGACAAGUUCCUCGUGCAGAGCAUCUACGUGGACGACAGCUUCUACGAGCUGGUCAAGACCAAGUCCACCAAGGAGAUGGCGGACGAGCUCACCAACAUGUGGGCGCGCACGGACAAGCGCGCGCUGUCCAACAAGAAGCUGCGCUGCCGCUUCGUGCAGGACGGCGAGGAGCGCCCGGCCUCCCCGCCCAGCCCGCAGCGCGCGUCGUCGACGAACGUGUCGCCCGCCAAGACGGCGGCCGCGGCCUCGGACGCGAGGUUCCAGAAUAGACUCAGCGACGAGGUGAGGGAGGAGGUGGCCACGCCCGCGCAACUGUCCUCGGCGCUGCUGCAGGACGACAAGCCGCAGGCGCCCAAGGUGGCGGAGAACAGGGAAGGAAGCAAGGAGACGGUGCAGGAAGUCGCGGCGCUCCGCAAGAAAUACGACGAGGUAAAGUUUUCCCAGAAGGUGGAGAGGAAGUGGUCGAGUUGAACGGGGAGGCUGAUGUGUUCUUGUGUGCUUGUGUGCUUGCAGUUGGUGGCGUUUACAGUGCAGCUCACGGCGCAGCGUGACGUGUUGAUGAGCGACCUGGACAAGACCCGGCAGCUGCUGCAGAAGGCUAGCACCGACGCACAGCGCGUGAAGAAGCUCUCGGAGGAAUCCUCGACCAUGCGUCACCGGAAAAACGCCGGUGGCAAUGGUGCAUCUGGCAACGAAGACUCGCAGGCGAUCACGGGCAAGGGCCCGAAGGAGGAGGGGGUAUGUCUGACGUAUUUCUUCGUUUUCUGAUCGUUGGCAUGGUGUUAUCAUAACUCACUGUGAUUAUGUUGUUGCUACAGGCAUUUGGACCCAUUCAUCUACUGAUCUGCGCGAUCAUUUUCUUUUUAGUUGGACGCUAUUACUAGGCGACGUGCUGUACCGUGUGCGAUGGAGUUAGGCAGAGACAGAAGGUGUUGCAACUCAAGUUUAAGUGGGGAAGCAACAGUACGCUUGGCGAAAGGAGUGAGAGCAUUAGAGCUUUCUGUCGACCUGCAUGGCCGACGCGUGCUUGCGCAUGUGUAUGUGGGCUCGCAGUUGAGGGGAACUUGGCUUGCUGGAGGUAGAAGAAGAUCAUGGAGCAGCAUUAGUAGUAGACCGAAUGACCGAAUGAGUACAGGAAACCAGGGGGAAUGAAUGAAUAUGCCAACCAGCUUUCUCUCGGAUUGUUGGAUGGAGCAACGAUAGAUAAGCAAGGACGCUGCGGGUAAGCGCAGCGCAUCUGGUGAACUUGGUGGUGCAUUGAUAAGAAGCAUGGGCCACGAAGUCUCUCGCCUGUAACUCUUCUUGUAUGGCCAACUCUUGGCAGUGUAGGUUGUGCAACCCUGGAUGCAGCGCCACCUUGCUAGUUAAGAAUCGCAGUGACGCUCAUUUUGCGCUUCCCCUCCAUAUCCAACGGCGC